AUGAGCCACAAGUACAUCGCGGGGAGAGACCCGGAUGUGUUGGACGAAGGUGAGAGAAGUAUACUCGUGCUGUUUGAGCGUAUAGGAGGCUCGACCAGCUUGCUGGCUGUGCUUCUGAUAUUCAUCGCCUACGCGCUCGUACCCAAGGUGCGAAAUGUGCAAAACACUUUCAUCGUGUUUGCCAGCGUGGCAAAUGUCGGUGCUAGCUGUGCGAGCAUCAUCGCCAUGGAUGGACUGGAGCUAGGUGUUGCUUCGCCUCUUUGUCAGGCGCAGAGCUUCAUGUUCCAUAUGUUCAUGCAGUCUGAUCCUUGGUGGUCACUAGCCAUGGCCUUCAACGUCUUCCUCGUCUUCUUCUUCCGCGCCAGCCCGGACUCGUUCCGUAAAUGGUGGUGGGUGUAUUGCCUUAUCUGUUACGGUGGCCCUUUUGCUAUUGCCAUUGCGUUGCUUCUGGUUAGAAACCCGAACCGCGGCCUUGUGUUUGGUCAAGCCACUAUCUGGUGCUGGGUUAAUCGGGAUUGGGAAGGCAUUCGAAUCUACACUUACUACAUGCUCAUUUGGGUGUGUAUCGCUGGGUCGCUCCUCUUCUACUUCAUGGUCGGCUAUCACGUAUUUCGUAGUCGGAACAGACUCAAGAGUUUGUCUGCUUCCAAGAGCAGAGAACCAACCGCUGCUGAUCCAUCUCAGGCCCAAGGUCUACCACGUGUCGACUUACUUACAGUACCCCAAGAUUGCUUUUAUGGAACGAUCGUUACUGAUAUCGAAGUCGUUCACUCAACAGCAUCAACGAAUCAUCUUCCGGAACCACCGAGGCCGGCCUACACAGCUCGCUCGUCGUCGUCUCCUCAGGUAUCCUUCGACGAACCAUCUACAGGAUUUCAAAACUCCAACAGCCACUACUUCUCAACCUCGAUAUCUCCCGGUGUCAUUGCACAAACAAGUAGCGAGUCGCACCUGCGACGCAUGACCUCGGCUACGAGCCGAACCGUCAGCAAAUUCAAGGUCGACGACCCCAUCAAGCGGGCUUAUCUACGCACGAGCUUCCUAUUCGCCCUUAGUGUGUUGGUGACCUGGAUCCCGAGCAGUUUAAACCGCAUCCACAGCUGGUUAUUUGGCAGGUCUCCUUUUGAGUUCCAUGUCGCCACAGCCGCUGUACUUCCACUCCAGGGACUGUGGAACGCAGUCAUUUUCUUCGUCACGAGUUGGAAGCCACUCAAGGAGUGGUAUAGAAACAUUGGAGAGGAUCCUACCCAGCAGGAUCGAGAGAUGAUUCAGACGAGGGAUGAACAUGAUGAGCAAGUUGGGAGGAGCGGCGAGAGCUUCCUGGAUGACACAGACUCCGGUAGUGACGUUGAGCUGCGAAGAAUGGGAGAAGCGCCAGGGAAGAGAUCCUCGAGCUUGUGA